CCAGUUUCGCCGCGCCGCCACCCAUCUCUGUCUCUCCCCAUUCUCUUCUUUCUUUUCCCCUUCCCCAUCCGACGAGCGCCGCCGCAAGGGCCGAAGCCCACCGGCCACGCCCAUUCAUUUUCCACCGGACGUGGAGCAGGGCACACGGCCGGGGGGCACAGCCGCACAGGAGGGCCGCGGCGGCGCGCGGCGGAGCAGGACGCCGCCGACGGUCGGCAAUCCGCGAGUACCGGACUGGAGGAGUCCACAGGUUGAUAUCUGAGAGCAAGUUUGCAUGGCAUCUUCUGAAACUAGCGCCGCACCGGCAGCACGGAGCUCAGAUUUGGCUGGACAUUCAACAACUCCAGAUGCUACGCUGGACACUAGCGCCGAAGCAUCACAAGGUGCCGCUGAUGGGUCUGUCAGAGUUGGCACUAAGAGAAGAAAGCUUCCAUCAUUCAUAUGGAGCGAUUUUGAGAACGUGUUUGUUGACGGGGAAUGGAAAGCCGACUGCAUCUAUUGCGCCGAAAUUCUUCCUGCAGAAGCUGCCGGUGGCACUUCACACCUGGAGGACCACCUGAUGUCGUGUGCUGAUUGGCAGGCACUGGCAGCCCCACAGGAAUCAAGGUUGUCAAAGGCUUUUGACGAUGGGGAAGCCGAUUGGGAGGAUGUUCUGUUUGAUCAAGCUGUUGCCAGGAAACAGCUUGCGAUGAUGAUCUGUGCCCAUGAUUACCCUCUGUCUAUCGUCGAUCAUGCGGGUUUUCAAAAACUGUGUUAUGCAUUACAACCAACGUUUCAGAUGGUAUCAAGAAAUGACAUUAGAAAAGAUAUCUUGGGUAUGUAUGCAGCCGAGAAGGAUAAGAUGGUGAAGUAUUUUGCAAACUUUAAAGGUCGAGUUGCCAUUACUACGGACAUGUGGACUGCAGAACAUCAGAAGAGAGGUUACAUGGUAGUCACUGCGCAUUUCCUCGAUGAAUCUUGGCAACUCAAGAGCUUUAUGUUGAGGUUUGUUUAUGUGCCUGUCCCACAUAAUGCCACAGUCAUAUGUCAAGCACUGCAUGAGUCCCUUGUUGAGUGGCAUCUCGAGAGAAAGAUAUCGACGGUGACUCUGGACAAUUGCACACCGAAUGAUGAAGGUAUGGAACAUUUGCCAGAUAAGUUGGAUUUGAGAUCUCUUCUAUUGGAGGGUAAAUAUCUGCAUAUGCGCUGUGGCGCACAUAUGCUUAAUCUGAUUGUGAAAGAUGGCAUGGAUCUCAUGGAGAAGGGCAUAGAGCGGGUUCGUGAUAGUGUUGCAUAUUGGUCAGCUACUCCUGGGAGACAUGAGAAAUUUGAAAAAAUGGCAGGGACUCUGAACAUUGAAUACAAGGAAAGGUUGUUUCUUGAUUGUAAAACCAGAUGGAAUUCAACCUACAGAAUGCUAACUAUUGCAUUAGAAUACAUCGAGAUUUUUGAAACACUAAAGACACGUGAGAAAUCAUUUAGUUGUUGUCCAACCAAAGAUGAUUGGAAGUUUGCUAAGGAAGUUUGUGACAGGCUUAAAAUUUUCUAUGAUGUCAGCGAGUCGUUUUCAGGCACUAAAUAUGUUACUGCAAAUAUGUUCUUCCGUAAAAUAUGUUGCAUUCAGUUGGCAAUACGGAAAUGGGUUGCUAGUGACAAUGAGCUUGUGCAAACAAUGUCUGAGGAAAUGAAGUGGAAAUUUGACAAAUAUUGGAAAGAUGUACUUGAUCUUAUGUCUGUUGCAACUGUUCUUGAUCCAAGGUACAAGCUUCAUAUGUUGCAAGCUAUUUUUGGUUCUCUCUAUGGAACGGAAUAUGCAGCUGUGGAGGUUGAAAAAACAAGGAAGCUGAUGGCUGAUUUGCUGAAACAAUAUCAAGAAGCUGAUGGGGUUGUGGCUACAUCAGAGCCUGUUAGCACUGCUGCUGCAGAAGCUGGUGGAGAAAUAGACAUUAUGGACAUAUUUGAUCGAUACAUGUCCUCACGGCCUACUAUCGGUGCUUCUCCAGUGCAGACAGAAUUAGACUUGUACUUGGAAGAGCAAAUUAUCCGUAGAAUACCAGAUGAAGACAUCAUGACUUGGUGGAAGUAUGGGGGUGCAAAGUAUCCUACUUUGCAAAGAAUUGCUCGUGAUAUACUGCCUAUCCCUGCGUCAGCGGUGAUAUCAGAAUCAGCCUUUAAUACCAAUGGCAGACUGCUUAGUCCACAUCGUGGCCAACUUGCGCCAAGCAUGGUAGAAGCUCUCAUGUGUAUGAAAGCUUGGUCCCGUGCUGACAUGAUAGGGGACGGCAAUUCGACCCUCUGUGCAGUAUUUCAGAGUGUUCUUGACGACGAUGAAGAGAUGAUGAAUGACUCUGAAUCUAUGAUAACUGAAGACUAGUCUGCCAAGAGGCGAAGAACCGAAGAUGGUGCCUAGAAGCUGCUGUCGUCCUUUAUUUAUAAAUGAGAAUUGCGAUGCACUUGAUGUUUGUCUCACGGCUGUACUUGUGCUCAUUUGAUGGUGUGCGAUGUCAUUUUGUGAGAAACUGAGACUGAUAAUUGACGUGUUCCGCACUCGUGCUUAUUUGCUAUUGUCUGAAAUGCUAAAUAUCCGAAUUGCUAUGUUUUGCCCCAAA